AUGGCAUCUGCAAAGAUCCAACCCCUGCCUCACCUGAGUCCUGGUGAGGUUUCCUUGCUGGAGCUUGCGGCUGAUGACCCUCGCGAUGUGAUCUCGUUGUCCAAGAAGGAGGCAUUAAUUCUGCGCCUCUAUGAUCAAAUCCAGGAACAAGAGCUGGAAACAGCACUCCUCAAAGAGGAUUUGGAAUCAUCCUCUGGCGACAAUCCAGAUGAGCAACUUGCAGUGGCAGAACGUGAGCUGCUUGAGGCAAGGGCCACUUAUACGGUCAAGAAAAAAGCAGUCGGUACUGUUCUGAUGACCGACCCUACAUUAAAAGCGGUUCAUCUGAGAGCCACAUCGCCUGCUGAAAGGGCUCUUUUACCCCUGAUCAAUCGCCGUGAUGUGCUUUCCUUGGCGUAUGAGAAUCUGACUACUGCGGACAAUGCUACAUUGAGAGAGUUAUCCAAUGUAGAGGUACAGAAUCUGCAGCUCAAUCAGAGGAACCAAGAACUUGUCGGUCAGCUUCUGGACAUGACGAAGGACGAUAUGUCGUGGAGGGAAGAUCUUCAGGACGAGGACCUUCGGGCGCAACUGGAAGAGCUGGAAUCUGAACGAAGAAAGAGCAGAGCCAGAUGGGAGACGAUGAAGAGCAUCGCAAGUGCUAUUGUUGUGGGGAGCGGAGUGAAUUGGGCCGAAGAUGAUUCACUUACAGCACUUGUGCUGGACGAACAUGACGACUAA